GGGUUUGCGCUGGGCGGGGCCUCCAUAAAGCGGCAGGGCUGCUGUGCUACAGCUCCGGGUCCGCGCAGAGCAUGUUCCCGGGGGCGUCGGCAGCCCGCGGGCUCCUGCAGCUGCUGCUGCCGCUCCUGCCGCUGCCUCAGGUGGCGCUGGGCUUCGCAGAAGGCAGCUGCGACCCUUCGGACCAGUGCCGCCGUCCCCGCAGGUGCCCGCCCCAGGCCCGCUGGAGCAGCCUGUGGCACGUGGGGCUUAUCCUGCUCGCUGUCCUCCUCCUGCUGCUGUGUGGGGUCACGGCCAGCUGUGUCCGGUUCUGCUGCCUCCGGAAGCGAGCACACACCCAGCCACACCUGCCAUCAGCACCUCAGCCUUGCGACCUGACAGCUAUCCCUGUGGACAGUGACAGCCCUGUGCACAGCACGGUCACCUCCUACAGCUCCGUGCAGUUCCCGGUGGGCAUGCGGCUGUCCCUGCCCUUUGGGGAGCUGGACCUCGACUCCAUGACCCCUCCUGCCUACAGCCUCUACGCCCCCGAGCUGCCGCCCUCCUAUGAAGAGGCUGUCAAGAUGGCCAAACCCAGACAGGAAGAGCCACUCCCCUCCCAGUAGCCUAGCCUCCUCCCUGGGGCCUCAGGCCCCCUCCCAGGGCCCUGGGAGUGGAGCCUCAAUGCCCAACACUGCCAGCUGGUGCCCCUCAGAGUGGGCGGGGAAGCUCUCCUGAACUCCCACUGCCCUAGCCACCUGUGCUCACAGGAGACCCCCAGUCCAUUCUCACCAUCCUUCCCCGCCACCCGGGAAGGCCAGCCAUCCAGCACAUUGCUGCAGCCGUGGCCUCGUUGCUAUGUAACGCCAGGCGGCCAAAUCGGCAGGCCCUGUGUUGGCCACACACACACACACACACACACACACACACACACACACACACACACACAGGUUGCUGCAUUCAGCCCAGCCCCUGGUCUGGCCCCAGCAGGCCCUCAGCCCAAGGGAACACCAUAGGCCGAAGCCUGCAGUUUUUUGGAGAGAAUAAAAUUUGUAUGUAAAUGG